CUUUUUCAUGCUAAGUAUCUAUGCUUCAUUAUUAGUCGUCUCUAAAACAUGGAUGUCAAAGCGGUGUCGUUUUUGGUGUUCUUUUCUCUCCUCCUUGUCUCGGCGAUUUCGGCCGACACCUUCUCUGACGAUCAGGUGAUCAAGCAAGUGACGGACGGUUCCGAUGAGCUAUUGGGAGCCGAGCAUCACUUCACGCUCUUCAAGAGAAAGUUCGGAAAAUCUUACGCUUCUCAGGAGGAACACGACUACAGGUUCAGAGUGUUCAAGCGAAACUUGAGACGUGCCGCGCGUCACCAGAGCCUCGACCCGACCGCGAGGCACGGUGUGACUCAGUUCUCCGAUUUGACUCCGGCCGAAUUCCGAAGGACGUAUCUCGGUUUGAGGAAGUUAAGGCUGCCUAAGGACGCGAAUCAAGCGCCGAUUUUGCCGACUAAUGAUUUGCCUGAGGAUUUUGAUUGGAGAGAAAAAGGCGCUGUGACGCCUGUGAAAAAUCAGGGUUCAUGUGGAUCAUGCUGGAGUUUCAGUACUACAGGAGCUUUGGAAGGUGCUAACUUCCUUGCAACUGGAAACCUUGUUAGCCUUAGUGAGCAACAGCUUGUAGAUUGCGAUCACGAGUGUGAUCCAGAGGAGCAAGGUGCUUGUGAUUCUGGAUGCAAUGGUGGGCUCAUGAAUAGUGCCUUUGAGUACACACUCAAAGCUGGUGGGCUUAUGCGAGAGGAAGACUAUUCUUACACUGGUACUGACGGUGGCACCUGCAAAUUCGACAAGACAAAGAUUGCUGCCAAAGUGGCCAACUUCAGUGUUGUCUCCCUUGACGAGGAUCAGAUUGCUGCUAAUCUCGUGAAAAAUGGCCCCCUUGCAGUGGCUAUCAAUGCUGUAUUCAUGCAAACAUAUAUAGGAGGUGUUUCAUGCCCAUACAUCUGCUCAAAGAGGUUGGAUCACGGGGUGCUGCUCGUGGGUUACGGCUCAGCUGGCUAUGCUCCAGUCAGGAUGAAGGAAAAGCCAUACUGGAUCAUUAAGAAUUCAUGGGGAGAAAACUGGGGAGAGAAUGGUUUCUACAAAAUCUGCAGGGGUCGUAACAUUUGUGGAGUUGACUCCAUGGUAUCGACUGUUUCUGCUGCCGUUCAUAGUGACUCUGAGUAGGCUAUGAACAUUGAUGAUUUCCAUAGAAGUUGUUUUAGAUUUAUGUGGGCAAAAAAACUUGAUUCUACUUUUAAUCCAUCAAAGCAUAAGAUUGAAACUUCUUAUGCGUGUGGGUUGCUCGUACUAUUCAGUGGUCUAUUUAUUAUUACUUUACUGCCUCUUCAUCUGACCUGAUUGUAAGAAUGCUGUAUCAUUUUAUGCAACUGAAUUAUGAAACACGUGAUACCGAGGCAUUACUGCUAUAAUUGAAUUAAACUGUCUACUUGUAACA